GUCCUCCACCGCCCAAAAUGCUCUCGAGGCUGCACGCCUCAGCCCUUCCCUCCGCCCGCGCGUUGGCAACAGCCCGCAAUGCCGCAACUCGCAGCCAGCAGGUCCGGUUUGCGUCUUCGGGCACCGCGUCUUCGAGUGCUUUCCAGUCACUAGUGAACUCGCGCGUCACGCUCGCGUCGGCCACUCUUCUCAGCGUCGGCUCCAUUGCAUGGUACACCCACCUCUACGGCAGCCUCCCCUUCCUCGGUCAAGUCUACGCCUCAGACCCUGCCGAGGACGGUCUCCACCCGCCCGCAUACCCCUGGCCUCAUAAAGGCCUCCUUGACUCUUUCGACCAUGCCAGCAUCCGGAGAGGUUACGCCGUCUAUCGUGAAGUCUGUGCCGCCUGCCACUCCCUCGACCGUAUCGCCUGGCGCAAUCUCGUCGGUGUCUCCCACACCGUAGACGAAGUGAAGGCCAUGGCCGAGGAGGUCGAGUACACCGACGGCCCUAACGACCAGGGCGAGAUGUUCCAGAGACCUGGAAAGCUCUCGGACUACAUGCCACCACCGUACCCUAACGAGGAAGCCGCACGCGCUUCCAACGCUGGUGCUCUUCCCCCCGACUUGAGCUUGAUUGUCAAGGCUCGCCAUGGUGCCGCCGAUUACAUCUUCUCCCUCCUUACUGGCUACGUCGACCCACCAGCUGGCGUUGAGAUCCGUGAGGGCAUGAACUACAACCCCUACUUCCCCGGCGGUGCAAUCUCCAUGCCCCGUGUCAUCUUCGACGGUCUCGUCGAGUACGAGGAUGGUACUCCCUCGACCACUUCACAAAUGGCCAAGGACGUCACCACCUUCCUGAACUGGGCCGCCGAGCCGGAGCACGAUGACAGGAAGAAGAUCGGUAUCAAGGCCGUCAUCUUGUUCUCCACCCUGACCGCGCUCUCUCUCUACGUCAAGCGCUUCAAGUGGACCGUCAUCAAGAACAGGAAGCUCGUGUACAACCCGCCCUCCUCCAAACACUAGAGACGGGGAGAGAGAGAUGGACCUGGAUAUUGAUAUUUGGACUCGCAAAGGCCCUGGGCGACGUGGUCGGAACUUUUAUUUACUAUCAAACAGGGUCUGCAUGCCCAUGCCAUGGCGGACCAGGUCCCUGUAAUUCUUUUGUUAGUAGUAGAAAUGGCAGGGCAUUCUACCCAUUUCGCCUCGGCUUUUUUUUUAUCGUCUCUUCGAAUGGACUCUCUUUCGUGAUAGACGACCCUCGGGACUCC